GAACCAUUUAGCUAACGCGCGUUGGUCUGUUCAAGGUUACGAUCAUAUGGAUAUAAACGGAAGUCUGUUUAACGAAUCAGGAGAAUAUGAACAAACCAUAGAUGAGCAAAUCCCAGCAAUAUACACUUCGGAGGAUGAGCGUAUUCGGACACCAGCUGUCUUAUCAGAUACCUCGCGCUCACCCAUUUUUUCCGAUAACCGUCAGCAAGUAGUACAACCGUUAAGAAGUGAUAAUAAACAUGCGGAAAACGAUACAAAUAACUCAUCAGUACCAACAAAGAAAGCUAGAUUAGCAAUUCCUUCGGGUUUAGUUUCCUACGCCAUCGACGAAGAUGAUGAUGAGCAUACGGUGUUAGAUACAGAUCAGAACACUGAUUCUGAUGGUGAAAAUGAUCCUAAAUCAAAAGGUGAUCAUGGAUUCCAUCUUGGUAGUAUGGAUAUUCCGUUGGAUAAUUCGGGUGGACCCCCAACUAUUUUCAGUUCUGACCAGCCUAUCAACAUCUUGUCCCAAAACCAAGUUCAUAUUUCAGAACCAGUAAAUGAUGUAAAAAAUCCAAACUUAAUCACUAUUGAAGCGAAAGCAGAAAGUCCUACCCUUACAGAACGCCUUAUUCAAGCGGUUCAAUUGCCCUCUGAACCUACUGGUCACUGUUCAAUGGUGCUUCAAGAAAGAGUAGAGCGAGCAGUGCGUCGUAUGCGCUUGGAUAUAAGCUACGAUCCUAACAGAGCAAUUCAAGAUAACAAAGCGUUCCGUAAUCCCAGUAUUUAUGAAAAGCUGAUCGAUUUUUUGAAAAUUGACGAGAAAGGAACUAACUUCUCUACAGAUAUAUACGAUCCCUAUCGUUGGACUCCGCAGUCAUAUUAUGAAGAACUUGCAAAGGUGCAAAAUCGUGAAAUCGACCGACUGAUGAAAAUGCAAAAAGAACUUAAAAAAUCUGACCCAACGAAUGCAAACAACAGCACAAGUGCGAAUGCACCUAAAAAUCCAAUUACUAGCACAGACAAACCCAUUACUACAUCUGGAGGGUCCGUUUCUACGGGGUACAUAGAACCAAAAAAACCAAGUAAAUGGGACACAGGUAUUCCUACCAACGUUCAACCCCAUGAUACAUCCUCAGAAUCUGUUAAGUUAUCUGUUCCUCCCGUUGGAAGUUUGAUCAAACGAAAUUAAAACUAAUCCAAGUUACCAGAUAAUGACUUUGAAAUACGCUGCUCUUUUUAUAAUUUUUCGAAAAUAUUUUUCAAGAUGUUAAUACAACAAUAAAAGUGAAAUACUCAACCAUGUUAAUUUGUGUAAAAGAGAUCAUUUGCUCCAAUCAACUAACUGUUAAGAGAUAAACGUUUACGCAUAGAUAUAAUGAUUAGGAUUAACUUGAGGUUCUUGAUAACUGUCUUCCUGCGUUUUGUGAUGUGAGGCUGAUGCAGGUAAAGAUGACGGUAGAUUAUGCUUUAGAUCAGGUCUAACUUGUGUACCAGGAAUGUUCUGAUUAUACAGUGCGUUGUUCGCGGGUGACCAAUUCAUGAUAAACGAGUUUGUUGCUCGCGUCCAGUCAUCUUUAUAAACCUAAAAUUGCAGAAAACUUCCUUUUUUUAAUACUAAAUAACUGAGAUGCAUUUUCUUAAAUUACAUAUAUUGUUCCAUUUUCUAAAUAACUGCCUGUUGUUAUUAAUCCAUAACUUUGAUUAACUGGUUAGUCUUAUUUUCUGCUGAACAUACUUUUACGAGUUAUUCAAUGUCAUACGGUUAAUGAAAUAUAGCUACAUAGACGGAUACAUGGUCUGAAUUUGUUUAUUGAAGAGCUAGAUGAUAAUUUCAUAAUUGAGACUUUUCCAAAUAACUCGUUUACUUAUGAGGAUCAUAAACACCGAC